CCGAUUCCUGGUUUCUAACUGUUGUAGUGUUGUACAUAUGGGGUGACGAGAAUCUAGAAUUAUAAAACAGCCGGCGCUUGUUCCGUUCAUUUCAUCAAUUCAAAUUCGACCCUACAACCCCCACUCCCAUUUUUCUGUUUUUCUCUAUCAUCUUCUUUCUUGUUAUCACAUUCGAGAAUUUGGGCUCCCAUUGGAGUCUUUCAUAACCAUACGCCUAGAAAUUAUUAUUUGUUUUCACUUAAUCCCAAGUAGCAUUUCUCGAAGGUUUGUUUUGCAUAGGAUCCGGAAUCAGUGGCUUCAAGUACUUAAAAUGGGUUGGAAGGAUACGAUAUCUUUUCUUCGUGCGCCGAAUUUCGGGCAAAUGUUUGAGGGCAGAGCAAAUGAGGUUGAACUUGGAUGUCGACACACUGUAAAGUCCCACGGGCCAACAGUUGCAAGGACUCACAAGCAUGACUGGCUUAUAUUGCUGCUUCUUGCUGCAAUAGAGGUCAUUCUAAAUAUCAUUCACCCUUUCUAUCGUUUCGUUGGGAAGGACAUGAUGACAGAUCUCAAAUAUCCCAUGAAAGAUAACACAGUACCUGUGUGGGCUGUUCCUAUGUAUGCAGUUCUACUGCCUAUUGUCAUUUUUCUGCUCUUCUAUCUGCGUAGGAGAGAUGUAUAUGAUCUGCACCACGGCAUACUAGGACUCUUAUUUGCGGUGCUAAUAACUGGGGUCCUAACAGAUGCGAUAAAGAAUGGAGUUGGCAGACCUCGGCCCAACUUUUUCUGGCGUUGUUUUCCUGAUGGGAAAGAUUUAUAUGAUCGUUGGGGCAAUGUGAUCUGUCAUGGUAAAGACAGUGAUAUAAAGGAAGGACAUAAGAGUUUCCCAAGUGGCCAUACUUCAUGGUCAUUUGCAGGUCUUGGAUUUCUGUCAUUGUACUUGGCCGGAAAAAUUAAAGCAUUUGAUCAGAGGGGUCAUGUGGCAAAACUAUGCAUUGUUUUUCUUCCUAUCCUUGCAGCAUGUCUUGUUGGAAUUUCUCGUGUUGACGACUACUGGCAUCACUGGCAAGAUGUAUUUGCCGGGGGUCUCUUAGGUCUUGUCGUUGCGACAUUCUGCUAUCUGCAGUUUUUCCCACCUCCAUACCACACAGAAGGAUGGGGUCCUUAUGCCUAUUUCCGAGCGCAGGAGGAAUCCCGUUCCAAUCCACAAACGGACCAACCCAUGAAUGGAGUCAGCAUGCAACAAUUAAAUCAGCGAUCAAUGCCGAGAAACAUUGCAGAAAAUCGCUUAAACUCAAGUUUCGAUGACAUGGCGUCUGGCAUAAGGUAGAUUAGGCAUAAAAUGUAGCUUCUCUCUUUUCUAGUUUAAGCAAUUUUCCUCUUUCAAAGUUUCAUGCUUGAAAGCAUUAUUUGAUUGCAUUAGUCAUACAAGUAAAGAAAUGAUUUCUUCUUUCAUGGUUCAUAA